GUUUUUGACAUGCAAGUUCAUCAUCAAUACAAGUUCAUUGUUAAUAAUGGCUAAUAAGUCAUCCUCUACUGCCAUCGUCUUCCUCGCUUUUCUCUUGCUUGCUGGAUCAGCAUACGCUCAAGAUAAUUUCGACAUUUGGAAUCAGUGUGCUCCGGAGUGUGAAGACUCGAGCGGAAUUUGUAUUACUUGCAUUGUUGCCGGUUGGGGAUGUCCGACAGGUUGCGUUGAAUGGGUUUACGGACCCAGCCUCUGCAAUUGUAUACCGGAGCGAUACUAUCCUCGUCUUGAUUCUGCUAGUCCUUGAAGAUCAGAACUUCAUGAUGACCAACAACCUAGUAUCAAAAAAAA